AUGAGCCGCCAAUUCACCUGCAAGUCGGGAGCUGCUGCCAAGGGGGGCUUCAGUGGCUGCUCAGCUGUGCUCUCAGGGGGCAGCUCGUCCUCCUAUCAAGCGAUGCACAAAGGGCUCAGCUGGGGCUUUGGAAGCCGGAGCCUGUACAGCCUGGGGGGCGCCCGGAGCACCUCCUUCAACAUGGCCAGUGGCAGUAGACGGGCAGGGGUUUAUGGUUUUAGCCGAGGCCGGGCCAGCGGCUUUGCUGGCAGCAUGUUUGGCAGUGCGGCCCUGGGGCCUGUGUGCCCGACUGUGUGCCCUCCAGGGGGCAUCCACCAGGUCACCGUCAAUGAGAGCCUCCUGGCCCCGCUCACCGUGGAGCUGGACCCCGAGAUCCAGAAAGUUCGUGCGCAGGAGCGGGAGCAGAUCAAGGCACUGAACAACAAGUUCGCCUCCUUCAUCGACAAGGUGCGGUUCCUGGAGCAGCAGAACCAGGUGCUGGAGACCAAGUGGGCGCUGCUGCAGCAGCUGGACCUGAGCAACUGCAAGAACCACCUGGAGCCCAUCCUCGAGCGCUACAUCGGCAACCUGCGGAAGCAGCUGGAUGCGCUGUCCGGGGACAGGGUGAGGCUGGACUCGGAGCUGAGGAGCGUGCGGGACGUGGUGGAGGACUACAAGAAGAGGUAUGAGGAGGAAAUAAACAAGCGCACGGCUGCUGAGAAUGAAUUUGUGGUGCUUAAGAAGGACGUGGAUGCAGCUUACAUGAGCAAGGUGGAGCUGCAGGCCAAGGUGGACGCUCUGGACAGAGAAAUCAAAUUCUUUAAGUGCCUGUAUGAGGGGGAGAUCGCUCAGAUCCAGUCCCACAUCAGCGACACAUCUGUAAUCCUGUCCAUGGACAACAACCGGGACCUGGACCUGGACAGCAUCAUCGCCGGGGUCCGUGCCCAGUACGAGGAGAUCGCCCUGAAGAGCAAAGCUGAGGCUGAGGCGCUGUACCAGACCAAGUUCCAGGAGCUGCAGCUGGCAGCUGGCCGACAUGGGGAUGACCUCAAAUACACCACGAACGAGAUCUCAGAGCUGACUCGGCUCAUCCAAAGGCUGCGCUCGGAGAUUGAGAGUGAGAAGAAGCAGUGCUCCAACCUGGAGAUGGCCAUUGCCGAUGCUGAGCAGCGGGGCGACUGUGCCCUGAAAGACGCCCAGGUCAAGCUGGACGAGCUGGAGGCCGCCCUGCACCAGGGCAAGGAGGAGCUGGCCCGGAUGCUGCGUGAGUACCAGGAGCUGAUGAGCACCAAGCUGGCCCUGGACAUCGAGAUCGCCACCUACCGCAAGCUGCUGGAGGGCGAGGAGUGCCGGAUGUCUGGAGAAUACACCAAUUCUGUGAGCAUCUCAGUCAUCAGCAGCUCCACGGCCGGGACCGCGGGUGCAGGAGCCGGCUUUGGGUACAGCGGCGCCGGCGCCUAUGGCUACUGGCCCAGCUCUGUUGGCGGGGCCUGCGGCAUCACACCUGCGGGCUGUGUCACUGGCAGUGGGAACUGCAGCCCCCGUGGGGAGGCCAGAAGCAGGCUGCUGAGUGCAAAUGAAUUCAAGGACCCACCAGGAAAGACCCCAGCUCUGAGCUCACCCACCAAGAAAACCACAAGAUAGAGUGAAGCAGUCGUCUGGGCACCUUGCUCUGGUUUCUCCUGAACCCUCUUUUCCAAGAAAUUCCUCUGUCACGCAUGUUACCGUCAUCUCCUUGCUUUCCUUUGCCCUGACAUUUCCUCUCUUUGCAACUCCCUGCCUUAGUCUUUCUUCAUC